AUGGAACUUUCUCAAUAUGCUGGAUUAAGUUCUGAACGUUUGGAUUUUUUAAGAAACCUUGAUAUUAGAAAAAGAUCUGUAUAUAAUGGAUCUACUUUUUCAUAUGGUAACAACAUAUAUGAAAUUUUGCAUAAUUGUUCUGAUGAUCAAAAAAGUAAAAAAGAUGGAGUUUUUUGUCCUUAUGAUUACAAAUAUCCUCAAAAGAAUAGAAGUUUUGCGGGAUUAGAAUCUGAAAUUAUAAAUGAUAUUAAUAUGAGAAACAGAAGAGUAAAAAAUGAUAUGAAUUAUCGUAAUGAUAUUUUAAAAGACAUUAUACAAAAUAACGUGGAAGAAAAUGAAAUGAAUAAUUCAAAAUAUUUUUUUUCUGACAAAGGAUAUGCAUUAACACCUAAAAGAUAUCUAGCUAGACAUAUUGAUGACAGUGAAAUAAGUAAAUAUUUUUCUACUAAAUAUGCUGUAACUGAUAAAGCUAGUGGAAGAACAGAAAUUAUGGUUGAAAGAAAACCUGGAUGCUCUAAUAUUAUUGUUCAAAACUUUUCUGAAUUUGAUGCAUAUGUAACUUUUAAAAAACAGGGUGAUAAGAAAAAUCAAGAAGAUUCUUUUGUUCAUACAAAAAUGGGUAUUGUUCCUAAAAAUGGGUUAAAAAAUAAAAAAUGUAAAGCACAAGCUAUUUUUACUGAAGCACUUAGAUAUGAUAACAUAGCUCCUGAUAAUUACUGGAUGUGUCCAACAAUUGAAAGUGAAAAAAAAAAAAAGACAAAAUAUUAA